AUGGAGGACGCCGCAGUUGCUCAGUUUACGGAAAUCACCGGCUCUAGCCCUGAGACCGCUACUCAUUACCUGCAGCUAUCGGACUACAAUUUGCAGACUGCUAUGCAACUUUACUUCGAAAAUGGCGCCGUGGAUAUUCAACCGGAGGCUCCUGCUGCUCCUUCCCAGAGACCAUCAACACGCUCCCAAGCGCCUGCCCCGUACGAAGAUGAAAGCGGUAUUGUUCACCUUGACUCCGAUGAUGAAGCAACAGAUAUCCCUGUUGGAACCUCGAGUCGUGAGACCCCCAGGACCACUACUACCACUUUCGAAGACGAUCUAGCGAUGGCGCGACGAUUACAAGAGGAGCUAUAUGCCGGUGGAGAUUCUAUCGACGGAGAUUCCGUUCGUGCUCCCAUGGCUAGAAAAACAGAAACUCUUGUAGGACCGGGAGCGGAUUUUGAAGAUGUGGAUGAGGAGAUCUUAGAACAAGUUCGAGCUCGGCAACGAGCCAGAGUUGGCCGUGCAGGGAUAUUUAACCAGAGAGAUGUCUCUUCUUCUAUUUGGAAUGACGAGGAUCCAGCAUCACAUCGCGCAACGCUCUCUCGGGCAACGGGAGGAGCAUCAGAAGCGUCUUCAAAAUCAAGCAUGCUAGCAGAAAUGUAUAGACCCCCAUUUGAAAUCAUUUCGAGGCUUCCCUGGGACCUCGCACGUACUGAAGGACGAGAAAAAAUGAAGUGGUUAUUGGUUAACGUCCAGGACCCGUCCAUCUUUGAUUGUCAGUUGUUGAAUAGAGACUUAUGGAAGAAUCGUGAGAUUUCGGACACGAUCAAGGAGCAUUUUCUUUUCUUGCAAUUCAAUAAAGAUGACGAACGCGGAGCUCAAUAUCUCCAAUACUAUUUUACAGGCCGUGAUGUUCAGGAUAAUUAUCCACAUAUUGCAAUUGUUGAUCCUAGAACGGGAGAGCAAGUCAAGGUAUGGUCUGGACCACCGGUGGUUAAAGCGCCAGAGUUUCUCAUGCAGCUACAUGAGUUUCUUGACCGAUAUAGCCUGGACAAUUCUGCCCGCAAUCCUGUGGCCAAAAGAAAACCAGAGGUGAAGCCUAUUUCGAAAUUAGACACAAUGACAGAAGAAGAGAUGUUAGAAAUGGCUCUGCGGAAUAGUCUAGAGGGCCAGGAGGUACCAAAACAUGAGGACCCCGACGAUCUCACACGCAGUAUUGGCGACAUUAAAGGGAAAGGCAAAGCUCCUGCUAACGAUAACGGCUCGAUGGACACCGAACCGCCAGCUAAAAAUCGACAGGAAGAGGAGGAAGAAGAAGAAGAAGAAGAAGAAGAAGAAGACCCAAGCACCAAGGCCUUCAAAUCCAUACCAUCUAAUCGACCGCACCAUGAGCCUGCGGCAGACCCUACCUCCACAACUAGGAUUCAAUUCCGACAUUCUUCCGGUAGGAUAAUUCGGCGUUUUGCACUGUCGGACCCUGUAUGCCGGCUGUAUGAGUGGCUCAAAGCAGCCCCAAUAGAGGGCAAGGCUGGAAUUGACUUUGAAUUGGUAUCAAUGGGGCAGAAUUUGAUUACUAUGCUAGACGCAAGCGUUCAAGAUGCAGGCUUAAAAAACGGAACCGUAAUGGUUGGAUAUUUGGAGGAUUGA